AUGGACACCACGCGCAACGACUUCACCGAGGGCCACACGACCGACGACCAGAAAUUCAAGAAGCAGUACCAGACCGUCGGCCGACCCCCGGUCACGGACCACAACAUCAACGACGAGUACAUCCGCGACCCUCCCAACAACCUGAACAUCCCUGGAGAGACGUCGACGUUGCGCAAGGCGCCCGGCCUGAAGGAGGGCGCGCAGGAGGUGACAGACCCCAAGCAGGAUGGUGUCCUCGGCGACGAGCCUAUGAGCAGGAUACAGAAGGAAGUCGCGCUAGGUGAUUUGGCGAGCGAGAACACCGUUCACCCGAAUUCAACGUCAUGA